AUGCGUGCAGCAGUUAGCAUAAUCCUGUCGAGUCCUGUGCCCGACGUCAAGAUGUCUCACCCAGACUAUGAACAGACAGCACACGAUCACGCAGCAUUGUUAUUACUUCUAAAGCCUGUUGGCGUGAUAAUAAAGCAGAAAACUGUAACAAGAUUAUGCGAAAGAAUUGUAAAGAGUGGCAGUAGAUUCACCGUAGAUUCUGCCGGGGUUACCAGGGAAAUCCUCGCCAGGUUCGUUAGGGAGCAUCCUGUGGAAAAUAAUGACUGGGGGGAUUUCCAAACACACCGAAGAUUGCUCGGCUUGAUAACAUUUGGCAAGUACGACAGUCAGACAGAGCUCAACGAACUAUGCAGGCUACAUGAGACAUUGAAAGUGAAGUAUAGUGCAACACUCUACGACUCUAGAGCGAUACUUUUUGGUCCAGAAGAAUCGAGUAAUCGGAAUCAACCACCAAAGUCAUUCACGACGCCGUCAAACUUUAAAACACGAGGAGUCUUCUAUGCUGACGAAACAUGCCCUGAUCUGGAGGGACAAAUAGCGGAGUGUCUGAACUCCCUUUUCUGGAUAUUGGAAUCAAAGAGGCUGGAACGCACCAGAGAAAAAGUGGACAGGGUGUCUUUGCUUUUGGCCCCCUUCGAAAAAAAGGACUUCAUUGGUCUGGACCUCGAAUCUAGGAACAAUAAAAAGAGAUGCCUGGGAAGAAUGACAAAACAUUUAGGGGAUUUAUGUCUUCAAGCCGGAUUGCCCGGAGAUGCUCUGAAUCUGUACAACUCUGCAGCUAAUAUUCUGCAGGCAGUCAAUGACUGGCUGUGGCUCGGAGCAGCGUACGAGGGGUUGUGCUCUGCUUCGGUCCUAGUACUAUAUCCUAACAUGUGCCGAAGUCUUCCAUUGCAGCGAAACUCGUCCUUGCAAGAAGGAAGUCCUGGAAAACAAAGAAGAGGCUCACAGGCAGUUGCAUCAUUACCUCCAGCACCUACAGCUGAGAUCGCGAAAUCUACUAUGCCUCACAUUUUGGCUCCUGAAGAGAUUUCUAAAAAAUACUGUGACGCCAUAGUCCACUACAGUAAAUACCAGAAUGCUGCCAUCAUCGAGACCGAAGCGAGUUUCAAAGCAACGAGAAUAUCGAUCGAACAGAACUGCACACUGCAAGCAGCAUCGUUCCUAAACAACGUGAUAUUUAUCAGCGUUACCCUAAGCGAACAGGAGAAGAUUGAUCGUUUCACAACACUGUCUGAAUUAUAUGCUUCCUUUGGCUUCGCAAGAAAAUCUGCGUUUUGUUUAAGACUCGCAGCAACUCGACAUGUCUCUCAAAAUAAUCCUAAUCCAGAUUGGCAACAAUGUUACAAUUUAAUGUUGCAAGCUACGUCUGGGUUUAAAUUAUCCCUUGAUCCCAUAGAUAUGCCAUUGGAUGGGCAGAGAGGUUGGCCUGCAAUACAGAUUCAGGUGAUAAACGAGUUGGUGGCUGCUGCCAAUCGAAUGGGCAAUGCAGCACUGACAACUCGUCAUAUGACGUUCCUCCUACAAACAAUGUACAACCAUUUGACAGCAAAUGAGAGGAGAGACACUGCGUUACACCUGCAAAAUGUUUCACAGCAGUGUGAAGGAGCACCAGUCCCUCUGGUCCUGGACUCUGGUAUUGUAAUUCCGCCAGCUAACCUCACAAACAUCCCAAAGACGAAAUCCUUUGCUCUAAAGAACCUACAGCCACAUCUGCAGCCGCAGAAAAUAGAGCGCAUUAAGGAGGACCAUGGACCAUUCCUAUUCACUCCGAUAAACUUUGGCUCGCUGGAGAGGAAAAACAUUUCGAAGAGCAAAGUUGAUUACUUGUGGGUCGAAGGAGACAUUUGCGAAGUCUCUAUGCAGCUGGUCAAUCCCCUUCCUUUUGAGCUGCGAGUUUCAAACAUGCGUUUGUUAACCAGUGGAGUGGUCUUUGAGUCAAUUCCUGACACUGUGGUGUUGCCUGCAGAGUCCGGUCCAAUGGCUGUCACAUUAGCUGGAACACCGAAAGAAGUCGGAGAACUAGAGAUCCUCGGCUUUAGCACACACACACUUGGAGUGAAAUCAAAUUGUAGGUUAAGACACAUGGAAAACAUGCCGCACCCACAAUACAUUGUGGAGGUGGUUCCAGUUCUGCCAAAGAUUGACGUCGCAACAAGUCUCCCCCAAACUGCCAGUUUUAGUUCUGGAGAAAACAUCGUGACCAGUGCCAGUGUAUCUCUAUAUGGCGGUGAAAGUGCAGAGUGCACCGUAACCAUAACCAAUGUGGGCCAGCUGCCGGUUGAAACAGUAGAAGUGUCAGUUCAGUCUGCUUUGGACACAGCCACGGAAAAGAAGAUCUUUAAAUGGAGCGAGGAGAAUCUCAAGACUCAGUUACCUUUACUUCCUGGAGCCAGUGCAAGCCUGACACUGUAUCUCUAUGCGGUGACAGAGUUCAUAGCUCCUACGCCUCGAAAUGAUGUUAGCAGUAGUGCUUAUCUAAGCCAACCUGGCAGUUCCAUGUCACAAUCAGGGCAUAGCUCGCUGCCUUCGAGGCUGAGCUCCCCUUCGCACCACACUAAGAGACAGUCUGACCUAACCUCUUCCUUUCGUUCUGGUGUCAGCUCGCAGUCAGCUCACUCUUCGCUAGCUAGCACUCGCCUAUCGAAGCUGGCUGUUCCUUUACAUGCUUCAAACGUUAUCGAAGGUCAAUUAAAGAUUAAGUACUCUGGCAGUGCUGGCCUUGCAGCUGGCUACUGCCGAAUCUCGUCGGUCUAUGUGACGAUAGAACUUUUGCCCAGUGUGCGAAUCACAAAUUGGGACGUGCUUCCUGCUGAGACGCCUUCGCAAUUCUAUCUCGUACUGGAUGUAACUAAUAUGACCAACCAUGAAAUGGAGUUAUACUAUACACAGAGUAAAUGUAUUUACAUGGAAGGCAGGGAACCCUGUCGGAUACCUGUACCUGUCGAUCGCUGUCCAUUAAACAAGCUCUCUUCAACAAAUGAAGUUGCUGGCAAUGCAGAGCUGCAAAAAGUCUGUGCAGAGCAUAUAGCUUCGCUUGUGGACCUCCGAUGGCAGCUCCUGGGUACCGAUCUAACAGGAAAGGCCACUUUGACUGGUAUUACUUUAACCCAGGACAUGCUUGACUUGGUCAGAAUGAGUCCACUGCAGUGGGAGAUCACAAUAAAUGACAGUGCAGUCAAGGCUCAAGAUGAGCUGAGCUGUACUCUUGGAGAGUGUGUUAGCAUCGGAGUUGGAGUGUGCAAUGCUCUUGAGCAUCCACUUGGUGACCUCACAUUGUCUAUUAACUUUUAUCAGGAUCACCACAAUGGAGUUAACAAUUAUAGACUGGAUACUAGAUUGUCCAUUGCUGGAGCAAACAAAGUUAUGUUGCCCACGUUGCAAGAAGCUGGACGUGCGUAUCAUGAGUGUCGAGUGGUAUUCUUUACUGCGGGUCAAUACAAACUGGACAUCCAGUGUAGUAGCAAAGAGUCAACGGCUGAUACCUCAACAUUCUGUACAGAGUUGGCUAACGCUGGUCAUGUCUGGCGAUACAUACCACCGAUCGAAAUUACAGUCGAUGAUUGUUAA